AUGGCAAUUGCGGUUGUAUGCGCUGUCGAAGGUGACACUCAAAAUUUUGAGGUUGUUAAAAGCGUCUAUCCGUAUGAUUUUCAGAAAUUCUACUAUCAAGGAGUAUUGCAAGGCUCCAGAGCGGGCAGCUGUGUAGUCAUAGCGGUAAUGUGUAUAGUUUUUGUGCUCUUCAACGUGGUGCUAUUUACAUUUACCGACAGCGAAGCCAUUGCGAAGAUUAAUCACCUCAACCUCAUCAUCGGCAUUGUGCUCACUUAUAUUGCACCCGCCACUAUGCUGAUCGAUCAGAUCGCCGCUGUGCGGAAUCAGAGAGCGCUUCCCGCGCUCUUCGAACGCAUCGUUCAUGUGGAUGAAGGACUUCGCCAGCUGGGCAUUUCGGUGGAUAAUACGUGUGUACAGCGUAGCAUAUGGCUGAUGAUCGUUUUGACGGUAAUAUGUGAGUUCUAUAUAUUCUGGGCUUCUUUAUUUUUGCUCGCCGAUGAAUUGGAAUGGCGGAUUGCGCUUUGGGUCUUCACCUCUUUACCAACUUUAUUCAAUACGCUGGAUAAGAUUUGGUUUCUGGAUAUACAAUUGGGCCUGAGAGAUCGUUUUGAAGCCAUCAAUGGAGCAUUCGACUUAAUAGCAGAAGAUCAAGCGAAAAGGCCGGAACAUUUGCAGAAGCGGCAGCAGCAGCAGCACGUGACACACAAUGAAAUAGUGUUGCACGCAUCACUGCAAUUUGGCGCUGAAGAGCCAGGCGAUAUCAAAUUGGAGUAUCCUACGCAAAAUGCUUGCGGUGAUUCGCUCCAUGACCAAACACUAUACAAAAGAUCUAACCUAAGCGUCAACUAUGGCGGUAGUCAAAGAGAUUUCGAUGUCUUGCAAGAGCGUUUCAUAAGCCUCUGUCAGCUGCACGAUAGCACUUGUAGGAUUGCUAAGCUGCUCAAUGAGCUCUGGUGUUAUCCCAUUCUUUUACUGAUGGCUUUUGGCUUUCUAGUUGUCACGUCACAGCUUUACUUUGUUUAUUGCGCCACAAUGGGUCAGACAAUUCCGUUGAUUUUUCGCACUGCCAAGGAACCCGUCAUCUCGGUGGUGUUAUUAAUCUACCUUAGCGGCAAAUGUGUAUCGUUGAAUUUUUUCAGCUGGAAAACUUCACAGGCCUCACGUCACACCGGCAUUUGUCUGCACAGGUGUGGUGUGGCCGCCGACACCAAUGAGGUCUAUGAAAUUGUCAAUCAUUUGUCAUUGAAGCUAUUGAAUCACACCGUAAAUUUCUCCGCAUUCGGAUUUUUUACGCUGGACAUGAGCACUUUAAAUGCGGUUUGUGGCGCCAUAACCAGUUAUCUGAUUAUCCUCAUACAGUUCAAUAUGGCUGAGCAACAAGUGAAGAUUUCCAGAGAGUUGGCUGCUUCAAAUGAAACUGCAACGACAAUGCUGGAUGGAGAAAAUUACACCGCUACGCCAUUCGAGUCAACGACAGAGUGA